UCAAGGCAACAAAUUUCAAUUACAAGCCCUAAUUUGUGUCCGCAGAGCGUUCGUUACCCAUGUCAGAGCUGUUUGGCCCCUCAGACGAGGCAGAGCUUGCGGGAGGAGAAGGAGGAGGGGAGGACGAGAAGCCCCGCUUUGGCAUACAGGGAUCGUCUGGGCUCGCGAAGGGAAGCGGAGGGGGGACCCACGUCGGCGACCCGCUUCAGGCUGCCAGAAGGUGGAUGCGAAAAGAGCGGCGAGACUAAGCGAAGGCGAGCGGCGCGGCCUGGAAGAGCAAAGCAGCCGGCGGGGGGCGAGAGAGAGGACGGGAGGGCUCCAGUUCGCCGGCCCGACAUGGCAGAGAAGAGGAGAGCCUCGCCUUGCACCGUGCUGAGCCUCAAGGCUCACGCGUUCUCGGUGGAGGCGCUGAUCGGAGCUGAGAAGCAGCAGCAGCAGCAGCAAUUUAUCUUCAAAUAUACUUUGGAUUGGAUUGCUAAAUUCUGUUUGAACUGUUCGGGUGGGUGCGAAGAGAGUUUCUUAAAUGGUACGUCGCCCCCUCUGACUCCUGGAGGCCCCGCCAAGGCUGCCUCGCCUUCGCUUAUCCCGCAAGUGCCUCGGGUGGACCUGCAGGGCGCGGAGCUCUGGAAACGCUUUCACGAGAUCGGCACCGAGAUGAUUAUUACCAAGGCGGGAAGACGGAUGUUUCCUGCAAUGAGAGUGAAAAUUUCAGGCCUAGAUCCUCAUCAGCAGUAUUACAUUGCUAUGGACAUUGUUCCUGUAGACAACAAAAGAUACAGGUAUGUUUAUCAUAGUUCCAAAUGGAUGGUAGCUGGCAAUGCUGACUCACCUGUGCCUGCCCGUGUGUACAUUCAUCCGGAUUCACCUGCCUCAGGAGAGACUUGGAUGCGGCAAGUGAUUAGCUUUGACAAGCUGAAGCUUACAAACAAUGAACUGGAUGACCAGGGUCAUAUAAUUCUUCAUUCUAUGCAUAAAUACCAGCCACGUGUCCAUGUCAUUCGAAAAGACUGUGGAGAUGAUCUCUCCCCAGUCAAAGCCAUUCCUUCUGGGGACGGUGUGAAGGCAUUCACUUUUCCUGAAACUGUUUUCACUACUGUCACAGCAUACCAGAACCAGCAGAUCACCAGACUCAAGAUUGAUAGAAAUCCAUUUGCAAAAGGAUUUAGAGAUUCUGGGCGCAACAGGAUGGGGUUGGAAGCUUUAGUAGAGUCUUAUGCAUUCUGGAGACCUUCACUGAGAACACUUACAUUUGAAGAUAUACCUGGGAUUGCAAAACAAGGAAACACUGGUUCUUCCACUUUGCUCCAGGGAUCUGGCAAUGGGGUACCGACCACUCAUCCACAUCUCCUUCCUGGGUCACCUUGUUCUUCUCCUGCUUUUCACCUAGCUCCUAAUACUAGCCAGUUCUGCAGCCUUGCUUCAGCUGACUAUACAGCCUGUGCUCGCUCAGGUCUAACCCUUAACAGGUAUAGUACUUCCUUGGCUGAAACCUACAACAGGCUUACAAAUCAAACUAGUGAGACCUUUGCAACCCCAGGAACUCCCUCUUAUGUUGGCGUAUCAAGUGGUUCAGCUGUGAAUAUGCCUGUGACAGGUAGCGAUGGUGAUGCAUUUGGUUGUCCGCAGGCGGGCUUAUCGAUGCAAAUUUCAGGGAUGUCUCCACAGCUCCAGUAUAUUAUACCUUCUCCAUCUGGCAAUGGCUUUCCCACAAAUCAGACCCAUCCGAACUCCUACAACACUUUCAGGCUGCAUAGCCCUUGUGCUCUGUAUGGAUACAACUUCUCCACCUCCCCCAAACUGGCUGCAAGUCCUGAGAAAAUUGUUUCUUCCCAAGGAACUUUCUUGGGGUCAUCACCAAGUGGAACCAUGACUGAUCGGCAGAUGUUGCCCCCUGUAGAAGGAGUGCACUUACUUAGCGGUGGGGGGCAGCAAAAUUUCUUUGACUCUAGGACCCUAGGAAGCUUAACACUGUCAUCAUCUCAAGUAUCCGCACAUAUGGUUUGAUAAAUACUUCUAAAAUAAAAGUACAAUGCAUUUCUUUUUACAAUGUUCCCCCCCCUUUUUUUUGGAAUAAUGCCAAGGUGAUUAAUAUGACUUGUAAGGUAAUUGUGUAAAUAACAACAAAGGAAAUUAGAUUGAAUCUUUUGAUUUGCCUGUGGGCAAAUAUUUGGAUAUAUUCUAGCAUCUGAGUUAAUCUGAUUUUGUUAACAGAAUAGUCCAUUUAGUUUCUGAGUAGCAUGCAGUUCAUUUUAUAACACGUUUGGCCAUAUGCAACAAAUUAAGCAGGACUUCCUCCAGCACUCUCUUUCCCACAUUUUUCCUUCUUUAAGGAACAAAACAACACUCAGCUCUGAUAUAGAUGAAACACUUCACCAUAUAUACGUUGUAUGUGUGUAUAAUACGUGUGUGUACAAACUAUUCUCAAUACAGUGAGCCAAUGCCAUAAUGCAUACAUUACUUCUCUGUUGUAAGAGAGAUAUUGUGCCUUCAUUAGACUUAAUCUAGACAUCUAGCUGUAUCGUACUUUCAAAACAAAGAGACAGGAUCAUUUUCUUUCUCAGCUUUUAUGAUGUACCAGUUGAUUCUGUGCUGUGCUCUUGUUCUUAUGAUGCAUUGCUAAUAUAGAACUAUCUGCUGGCUUUGCAUCAAAUGGCAGAUGUAGUGGUGACAAUCUAAAUUAUGGAGUGAAAAGGGCAAUAUGUAAUGUUUUGUACAAAAUAAAUUUAAAGGAGACUUAUUCCAUGUGAAGAGAGAAUAAAGUUUUUUUAUAUAGAUUUUCUAUAUUUUAAUUAUUAAACAUAGUAUUACAAACAUAACAAGGCAGGACUUCUAAGCCUUUCUAUAUCUUUCUUGUUAAGGAUAAUGUUUCAAGAUGAUAAGGCAGUGGGUAUAUUUUAACACCUUCUGUAAAACUGCAAAAACUUGCCCAUAUACUUUUCUCCCAGUAUAAGUGAUUAGACUUGCUAACUUCUGUUGAAUUUACCAAGAACAAAACAUGGUGUUUACUAAUUGUUGAUCAUCUGAAAUCUCUUUAUUCCAAAAAUAGCAUCUUGAACUGACUUAAUAAGUUGUUUCCAAAUUUUGACUGGGACAUUAAGAUCAGGCAUAAUACAAAAAGCUGCACACCUCAGUAGAUUUGAUAGCUUCCCAAAAACAAUAUACAUGAGCUUUGAAAUUACAGUCUUGUGAAACAAGAUAUCUGCAGUAUGCCCAUUUUCUUUUCCAUUUCUAUGGUCAGCAAUUCUUCCAUUCCCCAACCUCUCAAAAUAUUUCUUCUAGGAACGUGCACUACUAGAGAUUUAAUUCCAAAAAGAUGCUUCAGAGCUUGCAGUGGCACAAAUGUAGCACAUUUCAGCAGCUAUUUAAAGCAUCUGUAUCUUUUCCUAGGAGCAUGCAGCUGCUGUCUGAUCCUAAGAAAAGAUGUAGUUGCUUUAAAUUGUUGUAGACACACUAUGUUCAUGCCCCUGUGUGUUCUGAAGCACUUUUUGAAAUCAAAUUUAAAACAUUGCCCAGCCUUAAUUUUUCGUCUUCAGUGUGCAGAUCCUUAAGAUUUUCAACCCCAAAUAUAACUUUUGUUGGAAUAAAUUAGGCUGCAUUGUAAAAACACACUUGGUUUUAUUUUUUAGUGAAAUAUUUGCUUGAUUACAACUGUUAAUAGAAAUAAAAGAUAGGCCAGGAUACAGAUGUCCUGUAAAGCAAACCUUAUAAUAUUUUUUUCAAAUCAAGGAAAAAUUCAAAAUUAUUACACUAUCUGUUUACCAAUAUACUAUAUACAGGUAGUCCUUGACUUACAACCACAAUAGGGACCGGAAGAUUUGGUAUUAAGUGGUGUGGUCAUUAAGUGAGACAUGUGACCGCAAAUUGUGACCUUUGGAAACUGGCUGGGAAGGUCACAAAUGGCAAUCACAUGACCACAAAACACUGCAACCACUAUAAAUGUGUGACGGUUGCCAAGUGACUGAAUCAUGAUCAUGUAACUGCAGGGAUGCUGCAGUGGUUAUAAGUGCAAGGACUGGUUGUAAGUCACUUUUUUUCAGCGCUGUCAUAACUUCAAAUGGUUGCUAAGCAAAUGGUUGUAAGUUGAGGACUACCUGUAGGGAACAAGGAGACUAAUUUGGGCCAAUAGAUACAGUGACUGGCUAUUUGUAUCAGUUCUCCAAUGUUUCAGAUUGUAUUUAUUAGCAGAAUAAAGGUUCUUUUUCUUAAUUAUCAAUCUUGCCAAGUGCUUUUUGCAUCUAUUAUUCUGGUUUUGCUUCUUUAUUUUGAGUAUAAAUUCCAAACUCUGACUGUAGGCUAAUUUCAAUUUUCAGGACACAAUCUGCUAUACAGAUUCAGGUCCAAAAGUUUUGUGUAUGAUUUCUAUAUGAACAUAGGAUUGUCACAAAUGUCUUUCAGUAGCAUUUCUUUACAGACUUCUGUCCCACUUUGGAGUAUAUAUUGGUGUUCAAGAGUGGCUUUUUGGUGAAUGGGAGGGACUACAAUGAACAGUGGUGGAACUUACACAGAGUUCCAAAUACAGUGGUGCUUAAAAGUUUGUGAAUC